AUGGCGACUCCCGGGACGCAGGAGCCAUCGUCCUCGAAACUGCUUUCGAGGCCGUGUUUUUGCGGCCGCCACCUUCGGGCAGAGGAACCCGACCGCGUUCUCCCCGCAGCGGGCGCUCAUCUCCCUUUCCCGUCCUCCCGGGACGCCCGUCUCCGGGCCUCGAGGAAUGAGUUGUUUUUCCACCUUAAGCCCCAGGCCUGGGUCUUUCAUCCCAGGGACGUCUUCUGUUUCGGACUCGGGGUGGAUUGGCCGCUGGCGGAACGAGUCCGUGACUCGCCAGUGACCGCCCAGGGCGGUCGCGGGGCCGCGCCGCCUCGGUGUCGGCCCGCAACCCAGCCUGCGCGCUUAGCUCAGCGCGUCGCCUCCGGUUUUCGGAAGAGGAGGCCCUUAAUUGGUUUGGAAUCCCGGGGUCUCCUGAAGGCGCUUCGUGGUGGGUUCCCACCUUCUGGUGAAGGCCUCCCUGCUCUCCCAGGGUUGAAAAGCGCUAUCCUUCGUGCUUCUCUUGUCACCUUUCUCCUAGUGGGCAUCACGUCGAGUCCACCCCUCUAGUUUAUGACUUGUGAAUUCUUUGAUAAGCAAAUCGUAGCCCAGAGCAGGCAUUUAUAAUGAGAUUCCAAUGUAUUCCGUUGAAAAUUACUAUUAUUUAGGCCGGUCGCGGUGGCUCACGUCUGUAAUCCCAGCACUUUGGGAGGCUGAGGUGGGCGGAUCACCUGAGGUCCGGAAUUUGAGACCAGCCUGGCCAAUAUGGUGGAACCCUGUCUCUACUAAAAAUACAAAAAAUUAGCUGGGCGUGGUGGCUCGCUUGUAAUCCCAGCUACUCGGGAGGCUGAGGCAGGAGAAUCCAUGAACCCGGGAGGCACAGGUUACAGUGAGCCGAGAUCACACCACUGCACUCCAGGCUGGACAACAGAGCGAGACUGUCUCCAAAAAAAAAAAAUUUUUUUUAUUAUUUAGAGAGAGGCUCUCAUAUUUUAGUUCUGUUGAAACUCUCCCAUUCUUUCUGAAACUUGGAUUUUUUUUGUGAAAACUUGAGUCUUAAAAACACAUCCAUAGUUCACCCUGAAGUUUGAAGACCUCACUUGACUGAUGGAGCGAGAGCCCCGCUAACCUGCACUCUGGUCUCUAAGGUGCAGUCAUCGAAAAGUCCUGAGCGGCCGUGCAGGUUUCCCGAUCUGGAAAAGAGCAAUGUUGCUGAGGACAGGAUGAGGUAGAUAAGGGGCUGCCCUUUGUUAUAGACCAGUUGCAUUUGCACUGAGGUUAGAAUUGGCAGCUAUGUUGAUUUUUAUCAAAAUCCAAGAUCGCGAUUCCAUAACUAAAAGCUUUAUAAACAACUUAAAAAUUGGCAGUGUUGGUAGGAAGAAAUAAAGGCACAAUCCAGAAUUGAGAGGUGAUUUGUGUUCUGUAGGGCAAGGACUUUUAUAAUCCCGCAGUGUGUACCUUGGUGUAUAGUUGUUAAGCCAAAUGCACAGUGCCUUAUGAGUACCAGGGUUCCUAUCAGACGAACUAGAAAAGGGGAUCCCAGACAUGCUGCUGCUGUUUCACUGUGGAGCAUGACUUAGCAAUCUUGAAACAGAUCUGACUUUUUGCUUGGCAGCACAAAAAUGAUGUUAUUUUAGAAACUCUGUUGGAAAGUAUAGGCAUGAAACUACUCUGAGGUGAGAGGCCUUCCUUUUCAGAAAAGUUUUAAUAAUGAAACACGAAGUAAUUAGCUUUUUUGUAUGUUUAGUGGCACAAUUUUUAAUUUCGUUGAAGUUUGUAAUAAUUUUAACUGCUUUUUAAUAUGUGUACCACUCAUUUAUAUGCAACCAUGGACAACUUUAAAAAAUUAUACUUUUGUGUUCUUUUUCUCCCUUUUAUUUUUAGUUAAUACAUAACACAUUUGUGGGAUACAAAGUGAUAUUUCAGUACAUGUAUACAAUGUGUAAUGAUCAAAGCACAGUAAUCAGCAUAUCCAUCACCUCAGAUAUUUAUCAUUUCUUUGUGUUGGGAACAUUCAGAAUUCUCUUUUCUAGCUUUUUGAAAAUAUACAAUAGAUUGUUGUUAAGUAUAUUUACCUUGAAAUACUACAGAGCACUAGAACUUAUUGAGCUGCAAUUUUGUAUCAACCUCUCCCCUCCUCCCACUAGCCUUCCCAGCUUCUAAUAAACCACAAUUCAAGUCUCUA